AUGCUCUACAACGAGUUCUCCUGUAGUGAUGGGGAGUGUGUGAGUUUGGAUAGAACUUGCGAUGGCAAAAAUGACUGUUUGGAUGGAUCCGACGAACAAUUUUGUCACGGCAACUCGAGUAACCAAUGGCAGUGUCGUGACGGUAACUGCAUAGGCUUCGACGGUAAAUGCGACGGUAUCGUCGACUGUCCCGACGGUAGUGACGAAACUCAUCCCCUUUGCAGGAACAUCCAAUGCCAAAGUAACUGGUUCCGAUGCACGUACGGCGCAUGCGUCGACGGGACAGCUCCUUGCAACGGUAUCAGAGAAUGUGCUGAUAAUUCAGACGAGCUCCUACCCGCCUGUAGGAACGAGACUAACGAAGCCAGUGUGGAGUUCAAGUGCCAGGACGGCUCGACCAUCCCGGCGGCCGGGCACUGCGACGGCGCGCCGGACUGCGCGGACGGCUCCGACGAGAGCGUGCGCGCGUGCGCCGCCAAGCAGUGCCCGGGCUACCUGUUCCAGUGCGCGUACGGCGCCUGCGUGGACCGGGGCUCCGACUGCGACGGGGUACAACAAUGUGCGGACGGAUCAGACGAAUCUGAUGAGCUUUGCAACAGAACAACAACAAUACCCCUUGUCACUCCAGCACCGACAAGCCAGUCGUUACCGAACCAGGGAGGUAAAUGCGUGCUACCUCCCUACCCUGAACGAGGGACUUACACUGUGGGUGGUAAGCCCUACGCGAGGCCAGGGCAGUCUUUCAAUAGCGCCUUCCUGAACAUCACCUGCAACCCUGGCUUCGGAGUUGAGAACGACAGGGAUACGUUGCAGUGCUACGAAGGGGUCUGGUCGGAAACUAUGCCUAAGUGCAUACGCUUCUGUCGUCUCUACAAGCACGCGAGCGUCGAAUACCACUGCAUCAUAACUGGUAACGUACGAGGAACCAGGAUAUGCGGCCCGCUAGAACCCGCGGGUACCAAGGUGAAGCCAGUCUGCAGGCUCAACUAUUACAAUCCGGACAUUUUAAAUUACAUGAAAUGUAUCGACGGCAACUGGGACUACAUCGCGAUAUGCAAACCAGAAUGUGGUACAAUAACCCCCGAGGGUAUACAGCUUAUAAUUAACGGGACAACUGCACAGAGGGGGGAACUACCGUGGCACGCGGGUAUCUAUACGAAGAAAACUAUUCCAUACAUGCAGAUUUGCGGCGGAUCUUUAAUCAGUACGACAACUAUAAUUUCUGCGGCGCAUUGCUUCUGGAGUGACGUCAACAAGCUACUACCAGCUACUGACUACGCUGUAGCGGUUGGCAAGAUCUUUCGCCCCUGGAACAACCCCAACGACGUGGACGCGCAAAAGUCCGACGUAGCUGAUAUUAAGAUUUCGCCCUACUUCCAAGGCACAGCUGCCAACUUUCAAGAUGACAUAGCACUAGUCGUAGUCGCGACUCCGUUCACCUACCAAGUGUUCAUCCGUCCCAUCUGCCUCGAUUUCGAUGUGAACUUCGACCGGCAACAGUUAAAUGAAAAUAAUUUGGGCAAGGUUGCUGGGUGGGGUCUCGUCGCCAAGAAUGGAAAGGCAUCCCAGGUGCUGAAGGUGGUGGAGCUGCCCUUCGUCAGGAUCGAGGACUGUAUUAGGAUGUCGCCCCAGAACUUCCGAGAAUUCAUCACUAGCGACAAGAUAUGCGCUGGAUAUACUAAUGGUACGUCGCUGUGCCAGGGCGACAGUGGGGGUGGGCUGGCCUUCCCUACCGUGGAGCGAGGUACCACCCGCUACUACCUGCGAGGAGUAGUCUCCACCGCGCCCAAGAACGAGGACCUCUGCAACGCGAACUCACUCACAACCUUCACGCAGAUCGUCAAACAUGAACAUUUCAUCAAGGAGUUCCUAUAUAACUCCUAGUUUGUUAUUUAAGAUUAAAGUAUAUUUUUGUA